AUGGGGAAUCUACUUAUCAUGAUCAUAGUAAUUCUCAAUAUUCACCUUCAUACCCCAAUGUAUUUUUUUGUCCUAAAUCUAUCAGUUAUUGACCUGGGAUAUAUCACAGUCACCAUCCCCAAAGUCAUAGCCAAUUCCUUAAUGAGAACAAGGAUAAUCCUCUAUUCUCACUGUGCUGCCCAAAUGUUCGCCUUUGUUCUCUUUGCAGCAUCUGAAUUCCUUCUACUGACAGUUAUGGCCUAUGAUCGUUAUGUUGCUAUUUGCCAUCCACUUCAAUAUGAAACUUUAAUGGACACACACAGAUGUAUCCAAAUGGCAAGCUGUGCAUGGAUGGUUGGCAUUCUAACAGCAACACUGCACACUGGUGCCACAUUUGCAAGCACCUUUUGCUCCAAUGUGAUCAACCAGUUCUUUUGUGAAAUCCCACAAUUGCUCAGGCUCUCUUGCUCUGAUAUGUAUCUCAUUGAAAUUGGGGCUAUUGUUCUCACUGGCAGCUUAUAUUUAGCCUGUUUUGUUUUCAUUGUUAAUUCUUAUGGACAGAUCUUCAAAGCCAUAGUAAGAAUUCUCUCUGUACAAGGUAGGCAGAAGGCCUUCUCUACCUGUUUGCCUCACCUCAUUGUGGUUUCCAUGUUCUUCUUCUUUGGCAUCUUUGCUUACUUACGGCCAAUCAACAGGACUCCAUCCCAGAUGGAUUUAGUGGCUGCUAUAGCCUACUGUGUGGUGCCACCAUGCAUGAAUCCAGUGAUGUAUAGCAUGAGGAAUACAGAUAUCAAGCAGGGACUGUGCAAACUCAUUGCCUGGAGAUAA